AUGGGCACGAUGGACGAACGUACGCCCCUCGUUCAGACAGUGCUGGUCACUCAGCCCAGGCGACGAUUCCCUCACUCUACGUUCCGACGUUUCUGCACGAUUGCCUUGUCCUCUUGCCUGGUGCUAGUGGUCAUCGGUUUCCUCAUACCUUGGUCGGUUGUACGACAGCACAAGCAUCAUCCUCAUCAUCGUCCGCAUGGCGGUAAACCUCCUGUCCCGCAGUCAUGGCCUCAAAGCACGGGUCUGAGCUUCUCCGAGCUUCAGGAGCUCAUUCUCAGUACACCUGAGCCGUCACAAGCUCGUAAAUGGAGCCAGUACUAUACUUCGGGGCCUCAUCUGGCUGGCAAAAACCUCAGUCAGGCGCUCUGGACACGGGAGAGGUGGGAAGAGAUGGGAGUCAAGGCAGAUAUCGCAACAUAUGAGACCUAUCUGACAUAUCCGGAAGAUCACAGAUUGGCCCUUUUGGACGGUGACAAGAUCAAGUAUGAAUGCUCUCUGAAAGAGGACAUCCUCAAAGAAGACCCAACUGCGCACCCGGACAUCCCAACUUUCCACGGAUACUCGGCGAGCGGCAAUGUCACGGCACAGUAUGUGUACGUCAACUUUGGCACAUUCCAAGAUUUUGAAGAUCUGGUAGAUGCUGGCAUUGACCUGAAGGGAAAGAUCGCACUCGCCAAGUACGGACGAGUAUUUCGUGGUCUCAAGGUCAAGCGAGCUCAAGAGCUCGGUAUGGUUGGAGUGGUCGUGUACGAUGAUCCUCAGUUGGACGGCAACAUGACCGAGGUCAAUGGCUACAAGCCUUACCCUGCUGGACCUGCAAGGAAUCCAAGCAGUGUCCAGAGAGGAAGUGUGCAAUUUCUAAGUGUGCUUCCAGGAGAUCCCACAACGCCAGGAUACCCUUCGAAACCAGGUGCUCCUCGAGUCGACCCUCACAACUCGACACCCAAGAUCCCCUCUCUCCCAAUAUCUUACGCCGAUGCCUUGCCCCUCCUCAAAGCUUUGAACGGGCAUGGUCCGAAUGCUACAGCUUUCAACAAGUACUGGCAGGGAGGCGGUCUUGUCCACAAAGGUGUUGAUUACAGCAUUGGUCCUUCCAAGCUCGAACUCAAUUUAUAUAAUCAGCAGGAGUACGUUGUCACCCCUUUGUGGAACGUCAUCGGCGUAGUCAAUGGCACGAUUCCCGAUGAGGUGGUCGUGGUUGGCAACCACCGUGAUGCGUGGAUUGCUGGUGGAGCUGGCGACCCCAAUUCUGGGUCUGCGGUUCUCAAUGAGGUAAUUCGCUCGGUCGGCACGGCCUUGUCUGCUGGCUGGAAGCCGCUGCGCACGAUUGUCUUUGCUAGCUGGGAUGGUGAGGAGUAUGGCCUUGUCGGAUCUACCGAGUGGGUUGAAGAGUACAUUCCCUGGCUCUCAGCAACCGCUGUCGCCUAUCUCAACGUCGAUGUCGGCGCUCGGGGUGACGCUUUCAAAGUUUCAGCUUCACCACUACUGAACAGUCUGAUCCACAAUGUCACUGGCUCCGUAUCCGCCCCUGGAAAGCAUUCGAAAACGGUCAAAGAUACCUGGGAUGGCUAUAUCAGUACGAUGGGCUCCGGAUCCGACUUCACCGCCUUCCAGGACUUUGCUGGUAUCGCGUCGAUGGAUUUCGGCUACGGUGCCGGCCCCAAUGAUCCAGUGUAUCAUUACCACUCCAACUACGAUAGCUUCGGAUGGAUGGAGAAGUUUGGUGACCCGGGCUGGUUGCAUCACACUACCAUGGCGCAGCUGCUCGGGCUUUUCACCAUCACACUCUCCGAAACUCCGAUCAUCGCCCUGAGUGCCACCGAAUAUGCCAACGCGCUGGCGAUAUACCUUGAUAGCGUCAAAGAGAAAGCUGAGGCGUCUACCACCGAAUUCAGCUUCAACGCUCUCGAUGUUGCAAUUCAUGAUUUCAAGGAUGCUGCGCGGACCUUCGACGAAUACACGGCUGAGCUUGCCACUCGCCUGACAGAUGAUAUGCCAUGGUGGAAGUGGUGGAAGAAAGUCAAGCUCUACUACGACGUGCGCAAGGCAAACUCCAAGUACAAGUUGCUUGAACGACAAUUUCUCUACCCGGAGGGACUUGAUGACCGUCCGUGGUUCAAACAUGUCAUUUUCGCCCCCGGCCGUUGGACAGGAUACGCUGGUGCUACCUUCCCGGGCCUUGUCGAAAGUUUCGAAGACAACAAUAUCAAAAAUGCACGGAAGUGGGCAAAGGUAAUCGAAAAGCUCAUCAUUUCAGCGAGAGCAAGUUUGGAAUAA